AUGGCGCUUGAUGACUUUCAGAGAUCAGAAGACGAAGACAGGAUCGGUGAUCUCCCUGACCCUCUUCUCUCUCACAUUCUUUCUUUUCUCCCCGCCAAAGAAGCUGCAAGAACCACCAUCUUAUCCAGCCGAUGGAAGUUCCUGUUAUCCUCAAUCCCUAAUCUCGACUUCGACGACUAUUCUGCAACCCGGUGCUGGGACUUUAGAAGGGUUGCGAGAAAAUUGGAGGGUAGUUUUGUGGAUUUCAUUUACAGAGUGUUGGCUCUGCGUGGUUCAUUCCACAUAAAUCGAUUUCGUCUUCAUUGUCUCGCUGAUUACGAUAAUCCGCAUGUGAAUACAUGGGUGUGUGCUGCUAUGAUCCAUAAUGUUAAAGAACUGCAACUUGAAUUUCAGAUUGGUGAAGCAUAUGAUUUCUUCUUCAGACGCUGGAGGACUACGUCAUAUCUGCUGCCUUCUCAUCUUUUUACAUGUCCAACCCUAGUUUCUCUAACAUUGAAUGUGUGUGGGUUGCAACUCGAUGUUCCUCCUAAAGUUUGUUUUCCGAGUCUCAAGACCCUUAAUCUCAAAUCUGUGACGCUUCUUGAUGAGGCCCAAAUCAAGAAGCUCUUCUCCGGCUGCCCUGUGCUUGAAGAUUUGCGCAUGGCCAGCUGCCCCACGGCAAAUGUUUUGGAAAUUUCAAUUCCCACGCUUAAGAAGUUGAGAUUAUCUUCUGUUUUAUGUCGAUGUCGUCAUCUUGUGGUUGAUGCUCCAUGCCUUGAAUACUUAAAAUGCAGUGGGCUCGUGUAUGAACAACGCUGCACUAUGAGGAAUCAAAACUCUCUGGUCGAAGCUCGUAUCAAAUUCGUAGUUGACUAUUACAUAAAUGUGGCUGAGAAAGUAAGCAGCCUUCUUGAAGCUGUCUCUAAUGUUCAGAUUCUUCAUCUAUUGGGUCAUGCCCCAGAAUUUUGCAUGGGUGUUCUUCAUUCCAAUGUGGCCUGCCUGCCUACAUUUCUCAACUUGACCCGUUGGGAGCUCGAUGCUCCCCUUGUCUACAUGGAUGCGUGGGAUCUACUACCACGACUACUAGACAGUUCACCUCAUCUGCAAGUGCUCGUCUUUCCAAAUGGUUUCUUUCAUAUGGAUGGGGAUGAGAAGUGCCCCCUAGAGCAUAAGCCCGGUUGCCCCUCGCUUGAUAGUCACAAAUAUCUCUUGAAAGAUAAGAGUUUAUUUGAUGUUAAUGGGAAUGAGAACCGCGGGCCGAAGCAUGUGCCUAGUUGCCUAUGCGGGCCGAAGCAUGUGCCGAGUUGCCUAUCAUUAACCCUUCAAGAAAUAGAGAUUGGUGCAUUCGCAGGAAAGAAAGAGGAAGUCAAGUUGGUCGAAUAUUUUUUAAAGAGCGCAAAAGUAUUGAAAAAGAUGACGAUAAAUUCUUUUAUCUCCUUAGAGAUGGAGUCGCCUAUGUUAGAGAAAUUAUUAAAUUUCCCAAGACUCUCAAGAACCUCUCAGAUCAUUCUCACCCAUAAAACAUAUAAAAGGAAAAAGAUAAAGACAUAUGAUCCAUGGUGUGAAUGUCUUGUGCUAGAAGGAAAGUAA